AUGAACGUGCUGGUGCGUAGCCAAGAAGCUAGCGACCAUAUCAGCUCCGUGAACAAUGCCGAUCGUUUGUUUGUAGAAUUCGGAAAAGUGAAGGUGGAAGAACUGCCUGUUAAGAAUCCAGCCAAUAUAGCUCCUAUGCUUCGCUUUGAUGAUCAGAAUCGUAGCCGCCUGGUCGUCUCUAUUGAGGUAUACCUUCAUGAGUUUCGGGUGUAA